CAUUUUUAAUUUAUGUUCUUGCAACAACCAGCAGCAAAAGUAUUCAUAUUCUAUAGUUUUGGAUAUUAUUUGAUCAGAAGAGUUCUUCUUUUCUUGUUCUUCUCCUUCAAAUUCCAAAUUUCUGAUCAAAAUUCCCAGAAAGUUGGGAUUUUGACUGCUCUAAUUAAAGGGGUUUAACUCUCUGCCCUUUCUGGUGGGAAGAAUGUGGGCUACAAAGGGCAGGCUGCAGUUUUGAAAUUGUAGUUUCUGAGGGGUUGAGGAAGCUUCCUAUUAAGGUGGAAAUAAGGGAACAAAACAAAGCCUAAGUUUAACAAGGAUGACAACUGAGAGUCCAAUCAGGAUGUUAGAAAGUGAUGACUCCAAAAAGUGGCUGCCUACUGUUGACUCUGGAUUGUUUUCUUCACCUUUGCCUAGUAGAAGUGGUAGUGCUCCACCUACAAUUGAGGGUUCCAUUGCUGCAUUUCAAGCUUUUAUGGAUCAAAGGAAUUCAACUCUAACUAGCUCUAACAACGAGUUUUUGGACUGUGAGUCUGAAGAACAAAUGCGAACUGAUCCAGCAUACAUUGCUUACUACUACGCUAAUGUUAACCUUAAUCCAAGGCUUCCUCCUCCUUUAAUCUCACGAGGGAGUCGUCAUUUGGUGCAAUUUAUGGGAGGUUUUGGCAGUAAAAAAACUGAAGGUUUGUUGGCUACUCAUAAGGAGGAACCUGAAGAAUCCGUGUCACCACAACAAAGUUCUGGUGAUCCGGAGGGUAGUUUUGUCCAUGGUAAAAAGAUGACAACAUUAGCUGAUCUAAAGGAGGAAUCACCAUCUUCAGUUUCUGCUGAUGUGCAUAGCACCAUGAAUUCUUCUACCAGUCCUGUAUUAACUCCUUCAAACUGCAGAAAUGUUGAACCAGAGGAUAAUUCAUCUAUCCAAAGUAACAUUGGGUCAGAUAAUUCUGUAGUAGAGUCAAGAAUGAAAUUACUGGAUGUUUCAGGAGAAUUACUGAGAGAGGAUGACCAAAAGAGACGUGACUAUCAUCUACGCUUGAUAGAGGAGAAUAGGCUUCUUCCUCAUCAUCCUUCACAAGGCACGGCAUACCAGCUUCCUGGAUUCCAUUCUUAUACUGUUCCUCGAGGAAUGUUUUCUGUUCAUCAGAAGCUACUACCAGUUCAUCAGUCAUUCAUGCAUAGCACAGGACUUGUACCAGUACCAGUACCACCAUUAUACACAUCAACAGCUGCUAAUUAUAUGAAUUCAGGAAACCUCUUUUACCCAAGUGUACCACUACCAGUCUUCCCUACUCCACAAUCAGCUCAUUUUGGCGGAUUUCUUCAAGAUAGUGCGUUUCCAUUCCCAAUUGAUGCUUAUUCCAAGGCUAGUUUCUUUAAGCAACAAAUGGAAGCUUUACAUGGAGGAUUGAACCCAUAUACAAGUCAAGUUCUAAGGCCUUCUUUUGGUAGUCCUGUUCAAGGACAAUCCUUUCAACAAUUCCAACUGGAUUCGCUUGCAUCACGAAAAGACACUGUUGCAGGUUCUUCAGUAGGUGACAAGGAACUAAAUCAUCUUGCAAAUAAACAGAACAUAACAAGUGGGACCCACCUGAGAUUCCCCGCCCAUAGCUUAGCGGAGCCACAAUUUGCAGUUCCUUCUGCAUUACCAGGAUCUUCUGUAACCAGGAAUAUUAAUCAAGGCCUAGGAAAUGAUCUGAGUGGUUCAUCACAGCAUUCAUCAAAAAGCACAGUUGCAUAUCCUGGAUGGAAAGAACAAAGAGGAUCUGAGAGUUCUGAAAAUAAUACUAAUUCUAAAAGACAAGCUUUUCUUGAGUUGCUCAAAUCCUUCAGCACUAGGAUGCUUGAAUUAUCAGAUAUUUCAGGCCAGAUUGUCGAGUUCAGCACUGAUCAACAUGGUAGUCGGUUUAUCCAACAAAAGUUAGAGAGCUGUGGCAGUAAAGAGAAGGAAUCUGUUUUCGAGGAAGUUCUUCCACAAGCUUCAAAAUUAAUGACUGAUGUAUUUGGAAAUUAUGUUGUUCAAAAGUUCUUUGAGCAUGGAACUGUUGAACAGAGGAGAAAGCUAGGGCAGAAACUUACUGGACAGGUUUUGACCUUAAGUUUGCAAAUGUAUGGCUGCCGUGUGAUCCAAAAGGCACUGGAAGUAAUUGAGCUUGAUCAGAAAGUGGAGCUUAUGAAGGAACUUGAUGGGAAUGUUAUGAGAUGUGUUCAUGACCAAAAUGGAAACCAUGUGAUACAGAAAUGUAUUGAAUCUGUUCCAACUGAGAAACUCAAAUUCAUUGUUUCUUCAUUUACUGGUCAAGUUGCAACACUUUCAUGUCACCCUUAUGGUUGUCGUGUCAUUCAGAGAGUUCUGGAACAUUGUUCAGAUCUGGAGAUAAGUCAGUGGAUAGUUGAUGAAAUCCUUGAUUCUACUUCUGCCCUCGCUCAUGACCCGUAUGGUAACUAUGUUACUCAGCAUGUUAUGGAAAUGGGAAAACCAUAUCAAAGAAGCCAAAUCAUUCACAAGUUAACUGGUCGAUUUGUACAGCUGAGCCAGCAUAAGUUUGCAUCCAAUGUUGUUGAAAAAUGCAUAAUCUAUGGCAACGAUUCAGAACGAGAUCUCAUAAUUGAGGAAAUCAUCACACAGUCUGACAACAAUGAAUCUCUAUUGAUGAUGAUGAAAGACCAAUAUGCAAAUUAUGUAAUUCAGAAGAUAUUCGAGAUUGGCUCUGAGAAACAAAAGGACAUAUUGCAAAACUGUAUUCGAUUACAUCUUCCUGCACUAAAAAAAGUGACAUACGCGAAGCACAUUGUGUCUCGCUAUGAGCAAUUAGCAGCAGAGGGCUCAGAACAGGGGAAAGAACAGUUUGUGAAGUUGUCUGACAACAAUCCGAGCAAUUCUGGAUGAGCUAACUUAAUUGAGACGGCAGGCUUUGAUUAUUUUCCCAUGGUGUGAACAUAUAUAAUGCAUGGGGUUGAUGACUCUGAUCAUCAAGUAAAAACACUGAUGUUUGAUUACUGUGCAGAUUAUCUUGUAAAUCCAACCUUCUUUUGCUGUUUUCUUCUUCAAUCUUUACCUUAAUUUACUAUCCAACUGUAUUUAUUUUCAGUUGUCUAUUCCCAACUCUGUUCAUCUCUAAGACUUGUUUGUCAUCAUAGAAUAAUAAUAUGUUAAAUAUUGUUACA